AUGUUGAGCAGCCCAUCGACAGUAUCAUCAGCCUUGCCAGAACCCGACGAGCUCGACGAGGACGAGGAGGAAGAGGAAGAGGAAGAGCCGCCUUUCUCGCAAAUGAUGAAGGAGUUCUGCCAGCAGCAGACACGAGGGCGGACUCUGGAGGCAGAGAAAGAAGUGGCUGACGAGAGGGAAACGAAGCGUGCAAGGACCGAGCCUACCUCCUCUUUUACCGACAGCAACACCACUCCCCUUCAAAUACCCUCCACUUUCCCCAUCACACCUGGCCAUUCCGAUCCCCUGCCCCAGACCCCACCAACCGCCCAGCCCGAGCCCGCCCUAUCCUCGUCCGCCCAAGCAGUCGCCCUCAUGCCGUCCUCACAGGUAACUGUGGACGCACUCGAUGCCAAGAUCGCGAAAUUCGAAGCAAUAGCCAACGAGCGCCAAAGGGAGUGGAAUCUGCGAAUUAUGGCAGCGAACGAUAUGGAGGAUGAAGUGGGGAAUGCCAAGCAAUUUUACGAGCAGCUCUUGGAGCAGCAGAAGAAGCUGGCGGAUGAGGUGCAGGAGUCGCAUAGGAUCAUGGCGGCGGCCAGGAGAGACGUUUUCAAGUAUAAGACGAUGAAGGAAGAGUGGGAGAGCUUGGCGAAGCGGAUGCGGGAGAUUGAGGGGGAAGUAAAGGAGGAGGGCGCGGCGCAGUAG